GUAAGCACAAUCAGAGGAGUUCCCAGCACGAGUACAAAUUUAAAGGAAGCGUUAUGUGAGAAGAUCCCGAUAUACUAUGAUUUAUUAAGAAAUUUCCGUCAACAACAUGGAUCUUCUGUGAUCGGCAAUAUCACCGUAGAAAAUUUGUAUCAAGGAUUAAACGGUGUUCAUACUAUGGUUAGAGAAACAUCUGAAACUGAUCCAAAGCAUGGAAUUAAGUACAGAGGACUGACGAUACCAGAAGUGAUUAUGCUUUUACCUCGACAAGGAAAAUCACCGAGUGCUGAAGCGGUGUUUUGGUUGUUGUUAACGGGUGAUGUUCCAACGCAAGAACAAACAACUUCUUUAAUAACUGAUUGGUCGGUACGUCGUCAAAAAAGAAAGGAAUGGUGGUCAGGACCUGGAGGUGGCAUCGUUGGUUCUGUUCUUCACAGUCUUCCAAAAACUACGACACCUUUGAGUAAAUUGUCUGUGGCUCUUACUAUCUUUGAUUCUGGAAAGUAUUUGAGGGAAGGUUUAAGAAGCGGUGCUCAGAAUCACACUCUAUGGGAAUAUGCUUAUGAAGAUGGUAUGGAACUACUUGCAACGCUACCCGCAAUAAUAGGACUAAUCGCUAGGACCGAAGAAUUUAAAAAUGUGAAAGAAGAUGGCGAUUGGGUGCAAUUUUUCUUAGAAUGUUUGAGCAAUUCGUCCAACAUCUCUGAAAGUCAUAAGAAAUCUAUAGCAGACUUCCUUCGAUUAUUUAUUACCUUAAAUGCUGAUGAGAACGGAGGAGUUCCUGCUAUCCACAUCUCAGAAAUACUCGGCGCUUCCCAAUCGAAUAUCAAUCAAGCUUUGGCAGCAGGUGUGUUAGCAUACACCGAUGAACCGAAGAGCGGCACAAUGUCACAAUAUAUGGAAUUUCAAACGAAAAUACAACAAUAUUGGGGUCACGAGCCGAAAGAAGAGAAAUUGAAAGAUUAUCUUGGUACUUUGAUAAAAAAUAAGGAAUUAAUUGGUUAUAGAAAAGCAGAAUUUUGCGAUUCACGAUACAUCGCAAUGUUAAACUACGUGAAGGAAUCUAUGCCAGAUAAUCCUGACAUAAAGUUAUCGCAAGCUAUCAGCCGAAUACUUGACACGAUGAUAAAGAGUUCCAAAGGAAUGAAAAUUUGUCCUGAACAAAAUACAAUCGCGGCGCCAGUUUUGCAGUUUUACGGAAUGAAAGACAUGGAAUUCAAUCAAGUGUUGUUAUGCAUGUCACGAACGUUGGGUGCAGUCGCAUCUAUCAUUUGGUCGAAAGUUAUUAAUGCACCGAUUGAACAUCCAACAUCAAAAUGCACUUAUACUUAUUUGAAUUCGAUCCAAGGGGUGCGGAGGAAAAAUAAACGAAGGACACACGUUGAACAUCCUCGAAAAUAAACUUCAGCGGUUCAAUAAAUAUCAACAUACUUUAUAACAUAUUUUGCUGUUCUUUCAUUAAAUAAUUUUUCGAUUGUAUCAUCUAAGCGCUGUUUGUU